AAGUCGGAGAAACACAUUGAAGCUGGUAUAAAGAAACUUUACCACUAAUCAACUUCAAUCAGCUCUAAUGGCUUCUAAACAUUUAGCUGCCCUUGCAAUCCUCGCAAUUCUUCUUCCUGCUGUGGCCAUGGCAACUGAGUUUACUGUUGGAGAUGAUCAAGGUUGGACCAUUAAUUUCGACUAUGAAGCCUGGGCCAAGGACAAAGUCUUUCAUGUUGGCGAUAAACUAGUCUUCAAAUACACGGCGGGAAGGCACAAUGUCUUCAAAGUUAACGGUACUGCCUUCACGAACUGCGCUAUACCACCAGCAAAUGAGGCUCUUACCACUGGAAAUGAUGUGAUUACACUGGCCACCCCUGGAAGGAAGUGGUAUAUUUGUGGUGUGAACGACCAUUGUGCCAACUAUGGACAGAAGCUUGCCAUCACAGUGCUGGAAGCGUGGGUGUCUCCUGCAUCAGCCCCCUCCACCCCCGCAGCAUCAGCUCCCUCCACCCCCGCAGCGUCAGCCCCCUCCACCCCCGCAGCACCAGCCCCCUCCACCCCCGCAGCACCAGCACCCAGUUCUGCUUAUGGGAUCUCGGUGUCUGGGUAUCAGCUGCUGAUGGCAGCCAUGGUUGCUGUUGCUUUCCUAGUCGUUUGAUCUGCUUUUUCUCCGGGAGUACCUUUGAUCAUCUAGUUUUCAAGAGAUUUCUUUGUUUCAUUGUUCUUCUAUUCAAUUAUUUUUUGGACUGAAAAAUGCGAUGUGUGAUGAAGUUUGAGUGGAAAUGAAACAUCCAAUUUUUUUUGUUUCUAUCA